AUUGCGUUUCAAGCUGAGGUGGCCCUGUGUGGCUCCUCCUUCGAAAGGGUUCCUGCGGCGGAGAGGUGUCGUGUCUCAGUUGGCAUCAUGGCAGGAGCUUUGCGUGUGUUGGUGGCGCUGCUGCUGGCCGUGGCGGGUUGUACAGCGGAGAGCUGCACGGAGCCGGUCAUCGUCCCGGCCUACUACACUACCUCAGACGCCGUCAUCUCCUCGGAAGUGGCUUUCAUUGUGGAGAUUUCUCUGAUGUGCACCAAUGGCGCACAGAACGUUGCACUUUAUGCGGAUGUAAAUGGGAAGCAAUUUCCAGUUACCCGAGGCCAGGACAUUGGAAGAUACCAGGUCUCCUGGAGCUUGGAACACAAGAACGCUCACUCCGGCACCUAUGAAGUGAAGUUCUUUGAUGAGGAAUCUUAUAGUAUCCUGAGAAAGGCCCAGAGGAACAAUGAAGACAUCUCUGCCAUCAAGCCUCUCUUCACCGUCAAUGUUGAUCAUAGGGGGGCAUGGAAUGGUCCUUGGGUGUCCACAGAAGUGCUGGCCGGACUGAUCGGCAUUGUAUUAUAUUACAUAGCAUACACUGCAAAGGGCAACAUCCAAGCAUGAGGAGGAGGAGGAGAGCGACUGGUCCGGGUGUAUAAAGUUCUCAUGGUUUUGUCAUUAAUCGGAAUAAAACUUUUCUAUACAAU